GACUCAAACCAGGAAGCUCGACGGAUUACGUGUGUGUAAACAAACUGCAGGGGACAGGACGAUGUACAAAUCGAACCCCCAGACAGGGUUAGUUGUAUAUUUCAGGGCUCUAAAAUAGUUUGUGUCCUUCUUUUAGUCCAUGCUUAGUUGGUAUCACGUGUGACAGUCAUGAGCCACUGUUCAUCCAGGCUGGCUGCUGCCUGCAUCCCGCAGCCCGCUUUCACUGAGGCGCAAAUGUCCUGCAUGCUGGACACCGCUGCGGAGCAGAUGAUGGUCGACAAAGACUUCCAAGCGGCCUUUGAAACGUGCGACAGCGGCUUGGAAAUCCUCGUCGACGUCGAGCGAGAGGACAGCAGAUGUGGCGAUUUUAAGGCUGGCUUCUGCAUCUUGGGAAUUCAAGCACUGGCUGAGAUGAACCAGUGGCAUGGUGUCUUCUCCUGGGUCCUUCAGCAGUACGAGCACCAGGAGAAAAUACCAGCUAAGAUCAUGCAGAUGUGCAUACUCCUUUACUCCACGGUGGGAGAGCCGGCCGCGGUGCAGGAGGCCGCCAGAGUCUGGCUACACUGCCCGUCCAACGGCGCGGCGGCGGGGUUCGCCACGGUGGCCGAGCUGUACCUCCUGCACGUCCUCGUGCCCCUCGGCCUCAGAGACGAGGCCGUGCAGCUGAUCGCCGGGGAGGUGGGACGCGUCGCCUUCACAGAAGAACAGAGGUGGGCGGCGCUGGACGUCGUGGGAGAAAAAGAGCGGCCGGACGAGGAACCGCCGCUAAAUCCAGACAUCGGUCCGGACGCCGAGAUCCCUGCACGUCCCCCCUCGAGUCAAGGAUCCGUACUCCAUAAACUCGAAGCCAUGCUCCGGUUUUUGUGCAGAAAGGUGUCGUCGGCCGGCCGCGGCUCAUUCCCUCUCCGGAGGCUCUUUCUGGCCGCCGUCCUCCUGUGCGCGCUUUGGUUCCGCAUGGACACAGCUCAUCCAUCUUCAUUCGUGUGGAUUUCCAAACUCCUCCAGCUGCUGAGACAGCUGUGGACGGCCAUGUUCGCACCGUACUACCAGGCUCUUACCGGGAGGCCGUAAAGGACUAAAAAUCCCAUUUUUUCAUUAUUCAAUUUGAUUCAUUUUCACUUUGUUGUGCUUAUAAGAGAAUAUGUUUGCCUUUUUUUUUAAAUGUCAUCAAACCAGUGUGAACACGAGUCCUUUAGUUCCUUAUUUCUGCUCCAGACAAAGACAUUCUCUGCGGUAUUUGCUGUCGUCUGAGUCGGCCUCGAGAUGAUCAACUAGAUCGACAUCCUGCCGCUUCCUCUUCAUCGUAACAAUCAUUUUAGCAACCAGGAAAGUUCCUCACAAAGAUUUCAAUACCAGGAGUGUCCCAACACUUUAAAUCUGUUUAUAUAUGAUUGUAGUCUACAACUGGAUUUUUUUAAUUUUAAAGGAACUUUUAAAACAUUGAUCUAUACUGCCAUCUGUUGGUCUUUUUCAUCUCCUUGUGCAGAAGAAACAAAAAUAUCAGCGGUAACCGCGACCAACCCAGCUCACGCAAAUACAUUUGAGCUUUAUUACAAACUGUUCCAUCAAACAAGGCAACGAUGGGUCCAAAGCGUAACGUGCUGUGUGCAUGGGUAAAUACACAUUCAGCCGCAUGUAGCUGCUGCCGCCAUCGUUGU